AUGAGACGCAAAUCAGCCUGUGUUUUCACGCGCAGUUCCUGUGUAGCACUGCGUCCUUUGCCAAUGUUCUGGAGAUUGGCUGGUUUAGUUGCACUGGCGACCCAUGUUCAGGCUGUGGAGGUGUCACCAAUUUUGUUUUCAGGAACCCAUGACCCCACGUUGACUCUGACCGCGCAUCAGCUGCGGACGUUGACUGCCAAAGUGGGAAGCUAUCAGCGGCCGGGGCCGCGCAACCGUACGGUGGGCUACCGUGGAUUUCGGGUUGAAGGAUUUCCAGUGCUGAGGGGAUGUAAAGAUGCUGAGCUCUUUUUGUUGGACUUGUUCCGACCGCAGCUCCCAGAAGAAGCAGUUCGUCACAUUGAGGAGGAGCUCUCCUUAGAUCAUUCGGAGGAGUUGGAUCUGCCAGACGCCCUGGAGUUUCGCGGCAAGGUCAACUGCUCCCAUGAGGUGGGACCAGACACGGUGCCGGCCUAUGACCCGCAGCAUGAUGAUGCUGGAUGUUUUGUGACGCAUCAAUCUGAGAAUAACUGCUACAACUAUGCCACUGACAUUUCGACGGACACCUUUGCGCAACCUGGUCGUGGGACUGGGCACAAGUGGAAGGCAAACACCUGCGCCGCUGUACGCGUGGCGGCUGAGAGUGACGGCCUGGAGUGGAAGGGCACCAGCUUGCCGACGGCCGCGCCAACGGGGCACUACGUGGCAUUGUUCAUUUGGCCAGACACCAACUUCCAUUGGAUCCGCAUGGACCACGCAGGCAAUUGGAGUCACAAGCCGGGCGGAACUCCCGUCCGCAACACGGACAACAAGGGACGUAAGAUUCACGAUCCAUCGAAAUCCGACUUCUCGCCUUGGUCGCAGUUUUGCGGAUACAUGCAUGUGGUGCCAAGCAUGGUAAAGCCAGACCGGUUAAAGGAGGAGUAG